UUUGUGGACACCUGACUAUCACAGCCAUAUGUGCUUGGUGAACAUCCCAUUCCAGAUUUAGUCCUCCCUUUCCUGUUAUAAUAAGCUCCACUCUUAUGGGAAGGCUUUCCACUAGAUUUUGGAGCGUGACUGUGGGGAUUUGUGAUCAUUCAGCUACAAGAGUAUUAGUGAGAUCAGGUACUGAGGAGGUCUGGGGUGCAGUCGGUGUUCCAGUUCAUCCCAAAGGGGUUCAGUGGGGUUGAGGUCAGGGCUCUGUGCAGGACACUCGAGUUCUUCCACUCCAACCUUCACACACCAUGUCUUCAUGGAGCUCGCUUUGUGCACAGGGACACUGUGAUGCCGGAACACGUUUGAGUCUCUUAGUUCCAGUGAAGGGAAAUUGUAACACUACAGCACACAAAUAUAUUCUACACAGCUGUGUGGGUGUGAUGGUCAAGUGUCCACAUACUUUUGACCAUAUCGUGUAGGUAUAGACUAGUAUUAUGCAACACCUCUACAUCCAUCCGGUUUCUGCGUCAUUGUUCUCAUUUGCAAAGCUUCAUCAGCAGAUUCGCCUCUUCACAGCACACUUUAUUUCUGUUUGUUUUUUGUUUUGUUUUGUUUUGUUUUAAAAGAUCAGUAUGUAAUACUAAGAAAUUCGUAUUGAAAACAGGACACAAAUGAUCCUUCACAUUAGUCAGACACUUUGUGAAAUAUAGGACAAUAAUCCUUUUAUUUUUUUUUCUUUCUUUUUAAGCGUGAUUGUUGCGAAUCUGCCAUUUGAAUCGCAAAAUGACUGCUUCCCGUUUGUUUUUAGGCGGGUUAAGUGAUAGAUUUUGUGGAGAUUUAUGUUCGUAACUAUCUCUGAAGUAAUUAUUUUAACGACAAUCAUAUUUAAGCUCGUUUGUGAAAAAUCAGUGGUAGCUUGUUGUUGUUUUUUUUAAAGACAAUUUUUCCCCUUUAUUAUAUUUUUAAGAUAGAGACGCGUUUUAGCCAGCUCUAAGAAUGAACUCGUAGCGCCUAGUAGCAAGCUCUGUGUUUACAAAAUCCUUUAAAACAUCAAUAGAGUUCAUUUAAUGAAAUACUUUAUCUACUUUUAAAGAAAUGGAGCGGCCAUCUAGGUUUGUUAUGAUCUCCUGUUUGUCUUUGUAAAUGUUUGCUUUUUGCUGUGAGGUUAGUGUUGUUAUGUAUGUAUGUAUGUAUGUAUGUAUGUGUGUGUUUAUGAAAUGAGUCAUCGUGUGUUCAUUGUGUUUGUCAGGAAUAAGAAAGCCAUCAGUUAUUCAGACUUCUUGGAUGAUGAUGAUGAUGAGGACUUUGCCACAGCCCCACCGAACAAAAAAGCUCGAGCUUCUGUUAAGGAAUGUCAGCAAGACAAGCCCAGGAAAAAUGAAACGAUUGAUUCAACAGCUAAAGCACGCAAAGAGAGAGUGUCUCUGGAUGAUAAACUGUAUGAGAGAGAUUUAGAAACUGCUCUCAUUCUGUCUCAGCUCCAGUCUGCGGGGACGUUUGGACAGCCACCUAGCAAUAGUCUAGAUGGAAAGUCAGAACGCUGUGAAGAUGUACCUCCAGUGCUGACACACUUCAGUGUAGAUGGCAGCUGCUUUGACGAUAAAAAGCCUUCAAGCCACGCUUCUGAGGAAUCGCCCCCUGUGCUGUCAAACUGUAGCGUGGACGUCACCUGCUUGGGAUUAGAUCAGAUCAGCAGCGAUCAGACGCCCUCAUCUGCCAUAUGCACUAAGAGAAAGCCCCAAAAAGCGCCCGAGCAACAGCAGUGUGCUUCACGGGACGUGAAGGAGAACAAAGAGGACGAAGACUACAGACCUCAGAACACACCCGAGAGUGACUCCGAGUUCAGUGACCUGGACGAGAGUGAGGAUGAAGAAUACACAGUGAAGAGAAAGCGAGAGAAAACGAAAAAGGCUAAGAGCGAGAGAAAGACAUCCCCCAAAGCUGUUAAGAAAGAGAAGAAGCAAACGAAACAGGCUAAAACCAAACCGCAGUCCAGAGGUAAAAACACAGCAGUCGGUAGUCCAGGAGUCAGGAAUCCAGCUGCUGCUCAACCCCUCUCCGCACUGAACAGAACUCCCACCACUCCUCCUGUGUCUAAAUCCGCCCUCCAUACCAGUCCCGCCGAGGGCAGAAUGCCCAAGUGGACUCCUCCUGGUCUGCUAGGAAGGAGCCCUAGCUCAUGUCAGAGUCCUGCCAUGAAGUCGCCUGGACUUGGUCUACGAUUAGGACUGUCCCGCCUGGCUCGAGUAAAACCCCUGCAUCCCAAUGCAGAAGCACAUUAGAAACUGUAUGCUUUGUUUUUAAUUUAAAAAAAAAUAAAAUCUAAAAAAAAUCCAUUAUAUUGAACAUGAUCUGUAUAGCUAAUGUCUUCUUUUUUUUUUUUUUUCGACUGUCUUAACUUUUUUUUUUUUUUAAAUUGGAAAAACAUCCAAUCGACAUACUUUGCUGUGUUUUAUUUGUCUUUGUGUAUUUGUUGUGCGGUGAGAAUUAAAGGUGUAAAUGAAACCCUUGUCACGUUUCAGUCGAGGUCUCUCAAUUUGUAGGCUGCAGACUUGUUAAAAUGGGAGCUGGGAACUAAAAUACAUUUGAACCCUUCGAGCAAAAUGAAUGGAUUGCUCCAAAUUGAAUCAAAAGACUCGAAAGCUGGGUUUCACACACAAUUCGGACGGUUCAAACACGCGGCACAAACUGACCGCUUGAAUGAAAACGUAACGUAUUACUUUUUUUUUUUUUUUUCUUUUCGUGUUCUGUCUCUUACUGAAGUUCGAUUUUUGUUGAUUUAUAAAGACGUAAGUACUGUUAGGUUAAUUGGCUUGUUCACGCACAGUAGAAACGGCAUACAAAGACAUUCUAGACAAUUGUGUACAGAGCUUUUUCUAUCUACGCUCCUUCCCUUUGGAACUCUCGUCCUCUUGAACUUUGGGAAGCUCAGACCUUUGACAUUUUUAAAGCUCAACUCAAGACACACUUUUUAAAAGUUGCAUUUGAACAUGUCUACUUUUAUUAUUAUUGUUGUUAUUUUUUUUAUAAUUUUUUUCCAUGUACUGCUUAUUUUGUGUACAGCGCUUUGAGAAGCUGCUUUUAAAGGCACUCAAUAAAAUUUAUUAUUAUUAUUAUAAUUAUUUGUCUCACUAAAUUAUUUGUGUUUUUUUAUAUUUAACACUGAAAAGGAGAAAUAAAUCUUUUU